AUUCUGAAGAUUUUCAAAGAUUCUUAUUCAGUAGAAAAAAAAUGUGAACACUAUUAAUCACUAUUAAUUUCUGGAUAGAUUGGAAUUCCAAAGCCCAAAUGUGCCCAUUCAUAAGGUGCAUAAUUAGGUUCUGUCAUUUUUAAUAAAGAUAUGUAGAUUCAGCUACCAUUUGUUGAGCAGCUAUUAUGUGCUGUAUCUUUUCCGGGACUUAGAUCCUCUCCUCUCCACACUGUUGCCAGCUGUAAAAGCCAAGAGAAUGAGUCAGGCUUUGGAGUUUUAAAAUUCUUCAACCCAACUAGCUGGUCACUUUGGGCAAAUAAUUUCCUUUUUCUGAGGCUGUUUUCUAUUUUGUAAAAUAGGAAUAGUACUAGCUGCCUAACUGAGUAGUUGUGGGAAUCAAAUAAGGUAGUCCGUGGAAAUCAUUCAGUCAGUGUGAGUGAAACACAUAAUACUUCUCCUUUUUACCUGUCAAUCCUACGAAAUCCAUUUACAAGCAAUUCCCAUUUCAGCUCGGCUCUGCAAAAUUAAAGGAGUUAUCUUUCCGCUUGCUAAAUUUCAGGAUCUCAGCCUAUCAGGGUCAAGCAAAGGCAGCUACCUCCCUUAUCUCAUGUAGAUGGAAAAGCUAUCCAAGUGGCCCCUGAAUGGCUGUGCUGUUGGCAAUGUGUCCUUCACAAUUAAAAAGGAUUUUCUUUGAAAUUUAUGCUGAGGGUGUGGAGAGAGCUCACAAAUGUGUCUUUGCCUCUAGGUAUCCUGUUUCUAUUCGUUACCAGUUUUUCAGAGCUUGGGUGAAAUCUCACAAAUAGGGCCAGAACUAGGGUGAGGCAAGUGAGGAGUCGAGGGCACAAAACGUAAAGAGGCGCUCCUUCUCAGCGUCGUGCGAGAUCUCAACACUAACAAGUUUUUCCUUCUUAUCUGCCAUAUCAUGAGGAAGUUUGGCCUUAUUUUAAAAAGGAAAAAACCCCUACUCAUUAUACAGAGGAUGUGUCCAAUUAGAGACGCAGGAGGGAGGGCUUAGAAUAGUAGAGAAAACAAUAGCGUUACCCUGGUCAAUUUUUAUUCAACUCCCUUGAAAUACGUGCCGGAUGGAGUUUAAAUGCCUGUUCCUUGCGGAUUCUUGACGUCGAGAAGAGACCCCACCGAAUGGUGUACGCACGUUUUCAAAGCAAGGGAACCUAGUCGUUCAAAAAUUGAAUUUGGGGCGGGAGGCGCGCGCUGGAGCGCAGCUGUCGCUGGAGCCUGCGGUGGCGAGGAGCGGCAGGGCAGCGGCUGUGAGCGCCGGGCGAUGCGCAGACGCCUGGAGACCAUGGCUGAGGAUGCGACCAGAACCUUAGGGAAAGGAAGCGUCCCCCCGGGGCCGGUCCCAGAGGGCCUGAUCCGCAUCUACAGCAUGCGGUUCUGCCCCUAUGCGCACAGAACGCGCCUCGUCCUCCAGGCCAAAGGCAUCAGACAUGAAGUUAUCAACAUUAACCUGAGAAACAAGCCUGAAUGGUACUACACAAAGCACCCUUUUGGCCAGAUUCCUGUGCUGGAGAACAGCAAGUGUCAACUGAUCUACGAAUCUGUCAUCGCUUGUGAGUACCUGGAUGACGCUUAUCCCGGCAGGAAGCUGUAUCCAUAUGACCCUUAUGAGCGAGCUCGCCAAAAGAUGUUAUUGGAGCUAUUCUGUAAGGUGCCACAUCUGACCAAGGAGUGUCUGGUAGCACUGAGAUGCGGGAGAGAAUGCGCUAAUCUGAAGCUAGCCCUGCAGCAAGAAUUCUGCAACCUUGAAGAGAUUCUUGGCUAUCAGAACACCAUCUUCUUUGGUGGAGACUGUAUAUCCAUGAUUGAUUACCUCUUUUGGCCCUGGUUUGAGCGGCUGGAUGUAUACGGAUUAGCCGACUGUGUGAACCACACCCCAGCACUUCGUCUCUGGAUCGCAGCCAUGAAGCAGGACCCCGCAGUGUGUGCCCUUCUCAUAGAUAAAAACAUUUUCCUGGGCUUCUUGAAUCUCUAUUUUCAGAACAACCCUGAUGCCUUUGACUAUGGGCUAAGUUGCUGAGUCUCACAGUCCUCCCCUUCACCAUCCAGAAUUCCCAAGCUUGUCAUGAUUCUGAAUCAGGAAUUGUUUUGAUGGGUCAAUAAAUCUCUGUUCAUUUUCUUUGAUGUUUCCAAUAAACAUGGAGACAGAAAACAUAUUCUUUCUGAUAAUGACGUGUAUGAGUCUUCUAGCCCAUAACUUCUAAUGAUUCUCUAGAACUCUCUAGUGCCCAGUGCUAAUGUCCAGGCACGUUUUGGGAUCCUGUGGGCAUCCCAGCUCCUUGGCCUUUAGCUCAGUUUGACCUCCAGAUUGUUGGUGCUGAUGCUGAUGUUGAGGUCCAGGCCUACCCAUCCCUGAUGUUUGUCACUACAGACUGGCACUCUCUACAACCCCCCAGGUGAGAGGAAAGCUAGAGAAGAGAAGGAAGAAGAAAACACUCCACAUCAAAAUACCCUCCAUUUGGCAAACAAAAGCUGCAGUCCAUGUGGGCGUGCGUGAGUAUCAUUCUCGUUCAAACUUUGGCUGUGGGCCUGGGAGACACCGAGGGUCUUAUGACUGAAAGAAUUCCAAAGCAGGAAAUGAAACACCCGUUAUCACCCUGGACUAACUACGUCAGAAUUUCACCGGUGCUGUCAGGGCUCAGGGUGGCUCACAGAAUGUUCUCCAGCCGACAUCCUGCCUUAAUAAAAUACGCCCGCUCCAAACCCUGUCUCAGGCAAAGGUCACUCUGUUGGAUUUGGGUCACACACUCUUUCAGUUCGUCCCAACACAUGCCUCUGUUUGCCCGUGUGUACCAAGCCCUGGGCCAUGUAGGGGAUAAAGAUGACAAAGACACAGGAGCACCUGAUCUCUCCACUUGUCUUGGUUGCAGUUUUACACUUAGUGCUUUGGAGCAGCUUGUCUUGCAGCGGAAAUGCUUCUCUCGGCCCGAUGUGGCACCUCCGCUGGCUGGGCCUGGCAGUGCCCGCCACUGAAGACGACAAAGAGCCCAGAAGGACGGCCAGGUGUGCCGGCAGGUGACUUAGGAGUGGGACGGGCCUGUCCGGUGCCUUUUUAUCUCAGAGUCUAGGGAUUAGCCUGUGAUCAUUUCAGCUUGGUGCACGCUGAAUCUUUUCCCAGCCUCCAGCCAUGCUGAGAGACCAGGGACCGCAGGAGUGAUGUUUUGACUUGUCCGUUCCUGGGAGGAGCUGUCUGCUGCCCCUGCCUCUGACUCAGCCCAAACCAGCCUUGUUUCUCCCCACGUCUCAGCCUGCCUGGCCAUCUGCUGCCUCUGGCUGGAUUUUGACUCAUGUAAAUAGUUACCAGUGUGACUCCGUGCCAGCUGGACAGAAGCAAGCUUGCUUGGUGAGGUGGCCUGCUCUGCCAGAACAGGCACCUUGUGACAGGGGCAGUCUGCUGUGCCGUCUGCUCAGGAUAGGGCACCCUGUUGCCGUGGGGCCUGGGCCAAUACAGAGUGAAGUCACAUUUCCCUGGGAACUUUGCUUGGCCCUUGUGGCCUCUCCUAGGAUUUGGGGACUUAUCAGUUUUUGCAGGUGUAAAUCCUGUGUGCUGGUGAGUGUUUGGCAUGUUGACAAAGUUGUUGUUGACACGAUAGAUAAUGGCAUGUUUCCAGAUGGCCAAAACCAAAGAUGUUCUCUUUGGGGGCUCCCCAUGCUAACUUAGACAGCUUGAAGAACCAGGAAAUAAAGGAUGGAGAAAAGUGCUCAUGGAGAAAGGUUGCAGGCUGGCGGCCCAGAGCCCAGUUUAGGAUUUGAAUGCCUUUCAGCCAGGCAUGCUCUCUGCAGUUUGCCAGGGCCACCUGCACUGCCUUCCACGUCUUUCUUCUCACUCCUUUAUGUCACCUGUCUGACCCGCAGAGGAAUCUGAGUUGUCAGUCUCUGGAUGAUACUAGAAGGCUUUAGCCUGGAAAAAAGAGGCAAUUAAAUAAUGCUCCAUGAGGAGCUUUCAAAGUACUGCUUCUUUUAUUGGGGGGUGGGGUGCAGAAAUAAUACAUCAGGGUUAAAAAAAAUACAACAAUGAAAAAAAAUAAGAAGUCUCCCAUCAUCUCAUGUCCAAGAUAACCACUUUUACCAGUUUGUGUCUAUCUUAUAAAAGCACGUUAAACUGAGCGUUUAGGAUGAAAACUGUCCUCUAUAGCCUGCAGAUUGGAAAACGAGACGAUUAGUUCAAACCACAGCAUUUGAAAGAGCCUCAUCGUCAUAGAGGAUGUUAACAUCAGAAUCAACGAGCAGAGGAGGUCACGUGGAGCUCCCUUGCUUAGAGGUUCUGAACUGGAGCCCGUCUGGACUGAGCUCAGUUACAUCCUGACA